UACAACACUGUUCAGUGAACAGUGUUCACUGCCAUUCACAUGACGACUCGUUUUGUUUACUAUUGUUCGACGUGAUUUUAUUUUAUUUUUAGUACUAGCGCAGAUGAAUAUUUUGCCAAAGAAACGCUGGCAUGUGCGCACCAAAGAAAAUAUUGCCCGAGUGCGGAGAGAUGAAGCUGCGGCCCAAGAAGAUGAAAAGAAACGAUGCGACAAGUUGGAAUUAGCCGAGAGUGAGGCGCGUAUUAACUUUUUGCGUAGCCGAACGGGCGUCUUGGAAAAAAAAAUAACAACAACUGCACCAUGUGAAUCUGAAACACGAAAGAAAAACUCACAUCACCUAUCGACGCCGUCAGUUUCCUUUAAUCUGUUCGCAGACUACAAAAGUCACAUAAAAAAGACGAAUAAGGACUUGGAAAAAGAAAAGAAGGAGGAACAAGAGAAAUAUGAAAAGCAAAUCGGGUAUCUCACCUAUCUUGGCCAGGACACAAAUGAAGCUCUGAAAGUGCGCAGUUGGUAUGAAGUCGCACCCAAACGCUCCUCGGAAAGCGACAACAAGGGAGAAGAAACUCAAUCGAAGCAAAAGUUAUCACAAGAUCCACUAACAUUAAUAAACUCUUUGAUUUCGACAGACAAACAAUUUGUUGCCGAGAACAAACUUUCUUGUAUGGGCACAUGCACAUCCUGUCCAGAAUCAAAAUUAAAAUCGAUAGGCAACAAAAGGCCAAAGAAAAGCUACAAAAAAGACAAGAAGCAUAAACACAAAAGCUACAAGAAUUCUGAUAAAAUAUCCAAAAAAGCAGCCCAAGCUAAGCGAGACAAACUAAACAAUUUGAGAAAAGAGCGUCUUAUUCGGGAAGCUACUGAGCAACGACGUCAGGAGCAGCUGUUCGCACAAAGAGACUCUGAAUUUUCAGCGAAUUCGAAUUCAUCAUCCAAGACGCCAACAGCCACGCCUCGUAUUAUCCAAAAGUAUAAUAGCCAAUUUAACCCAGAGUUUGCAAAGCAGAAUAUGGCUUAAUACUAAAAGAAUUGUAUCUUCUAUGCCAUGCCUGCAUUAAAUUAAUAAUAUUUCAUCCAAAAAUACUAUAUCAUCUUUAAUUAAACUUACUGCAUACUUUA